UUUUUUCAGCUCUGCUAUAGGAUCUUUAGUUUUCUCGAAGUCGGUUUCAUUGAUUCCAAAGUCUCGUUUCCAUCCAGGAAGUUACAUUGCACAUGACAAUAUUUCCGGAUUUCCCUGUGUAAAUACCAUGCUCGUAGAUAGUAGUGCUGUUUGAAAUGCAUUACUGCUACUUUUAUUAGCAGCACUCGAGGGCAUCUCGCCAGACAACUUACACAAAACAUUUUUUUUUCCUAUCUAAGUUUAUCUAUAGAUAAAUUACGCAGACAAAAUAUAGAUCAAUGCAUGAACUGCUAGCACGUGCAAAACAAAUGGAAAGUGGGAAGCGAGUUUCCAGAAAUGGCGCUUAAUAGUCGGAACGAGGAGUCGGUGGUGCAGUGUCCUGUAUGUUCGGAGAAGAUGGAGAGUUUUGAGAUCAAUCCCCACCUAGACCACUGCCUGGGUGUUGGAGCGUCGGCGGGGAAGGAGCCUGGAGGAGAGGAGGAAGAUGCAGAUGCAGAGUGCGGUGACCGAGGGGAACCCGGCUGCAAGAAGGCGCGCUGGUCGCCGGCACCGGCCGAUGGAACGCAGCCCGGGAGCCGGCGCGUGUCGGCCGAUGGAACGCAGCCCGGGAGCCGGCGCGUGUCGGCCGAUGGAACGCAGCCCGGGAGCCGGCGCGUGUCGGCCGAUGGAACGCAGCCCGGGAGCCGGCGCGUGUCGGCCGCUCGAUCCCCGGCGCCGGGCACCAGGAAACAGCCCGGGAGCGGGACGCAACCCGCCAGCAAGCACCAGGCCCCCUCCCCCGUCUUUGCACUUUUCCAAAAGCCCCAAAGGUCGCCGAGUCUUGCGGCAGCUUCGCCCACCGGGACCGAUGCACCUGCACCCGGGUGCAUUGCUUUCACCUCUGCUGCACCUUCGCAGUCUGUCGUUCUCUCUGAAGCAAACCAGGAAGAGCAGAAAAAGCUGGUUUCAUUACAACAACUUGAAGCAAAGCCUCUGGCGGAGAUCAUGAGACCCGGUGCUUUAGCAGAACUUAUUGGCCAAAGUAAAGUUUUAGGAGAAAACACGCUCCUGAGAACGCUGUUGGAAUCGCAUGAUAUCCCAUCCAUGAUUUUGUGGGGUCCACCAGGAUGUGGGAAAACUUCAUUGGCCAAUGUCAUAGCCAACAACAGCAAAAAGCAGAGCAAUACAAGGUUUGUGACUCUUUCUGCUACAAGUGCAAACGUUAAUAUUGUUCGAGAAGUGAUAAGCCAAGCUCAAAAUGAACGAAAGCUAUUCAAAAGAAAAACUAUUUUAUUCUUUGAUGAAAUUCAUCGCUUCAAUAAGACACAACAGGACUCUUUUCUGCCUCACGUCGAGUGUGGGACAAUCACACUGAUUGGUGCAACUACAGAAAAUCCUUCCUUUCAGAUCAAUGCAGCCUUGCUGAGCCGUUGCCGUGUCAUCGUUCUUGAGAAGCUGUCAGUAGAGGCUGUGGAAACUAUUCUGUUGCGUGCUUUAAGCUCCCUUGGGAUCAGCAUAUUACGACAAGAUAAAGAAGCCGACUCUAUGGAUGGCAGCAAAGAGUCUGAAGUUCAGAUUUCUAUUGAAGGUGAAGCCGUGCGGAGCAUUGCUUACCUUUGUGACGGUGAUGCGAGGGCAGCUUUAAAUGGACUUCAUCUUGCAAUUCAAGCAAGAAUUGCAGAAGCUAAAAAGCCACUGAGCAACAAUGGGCAGCAAAAUACUCCAAUAAAGAACAUUGUUAUUAAAGAAACGCAUAUAAAGGAAGGACUUCAAAGGUCACAUUUACUGUAUGAUCGAGCAGGUGAGGAACACUAUAACUGUAUAUCGGCAUUGCACAAAACCAUGCGGGCCUCGGAUGAGAAGUCUGCCCUGUACUGGCUAGCCAGGAUGCUGGAGGGCGGUGAGGAUCCACUGUAUGUUGCACGGAGAUUGAUACGAUUUGCCAGUGAAGAUAUAGGACUUGCAGAUCCUUUGGCUUUGACCCAGGCAGUAUCUGCUUACCAAGGGUGUCAUUUUAUAGGGAUGCCUGAAUGCGAGGUUAUUUUGGCACAGUGUGUUGUAUAUCUAGCUAGAGCACCAAAGUCUACUGAGAUAUACAUGGCGUAUGGAGCUGUUAAGGAAUCUGUGAGGAACCACAAAGGACCCCUGCCUUCUGUCCCACUGCAUCUAAGAAAUGCACCCACAAAACUCAUGAAGGAUCUUGGCUACGGGAAGGGGUAUAAAUACCCUGCAAACAAUGUUUAACAAACGUGUUUAACAAAAGACUAGAUGCUUUGUUAUAAUAGGUUACUUUCCUUGCAUCUAAUGAAUACAGAUUGUAUUUGUUUACUAAUGUUAAACAAUAAUGCUGUGAAACAAAUUCUGUCCAAUGAGAGAUGAUGUUGUAUGGAAUUGGCUGAAGGUGCUAGCAAUUCAAACAGCAAGGUUCACUUUAUAUACUGUAAGGAAGAACUGCAGAUGCUGGUUUAAACUGAAGAAAGACACAAAAAACUGGAGUAACUUAGCGGGAGAGGCAGCAUCUUUGGAGAGACCCGAAACAUCACCCAUUCCUUCUCCCGAAAGUGAAUUGAAUGCAACAACAGCACCACUAAACUUUCACAGAGUUGUUCAUGGAAGGAACUUAAACAAUAAUGUGGUAAUAUUUUGAUUAAGAGAGAACCCAGAGGUGUUAAUGUUGGAAAUAAAAUGUGUUUUAUAGUU